UCAUCCGCGACGUUCCAAGUUUGAACGCGGCGCGCGCGCAGUCGGCAAUCCGCCCGCGCGGGGGCCUCACGACGCGGAAUACAUGCGCUGCCAUCGCGAGAAAAAAACAGUGAAAUAAUACGACAAACCCGCGAACGACCAGCCAGUGCCAGCGCACGAUUCUGUGAAUAAAAUACGAGUAAAUUGAACGAGUCUCGAGUGCAGAGAGAAACGACACGGACAGAGCACCACGGGAGAGCGAUUUGGGUUCAAAUAAAGAGCCCAACGAAAAACGAUUCGAGCUAAAAGCUGAAGAUAAUUCGGAAGCCUCUCGAAAACACAAUAAAAUCGCUCGGUGACUGUCAAGCACUAAUCAUCCUGCACUGUUCUUAUUUAGUCGUAUUAAACUACGCAAAACGAACAAAAAAACUAUAAAACGAAAAGAUACUCGCUAUCCGUGGCCACGAUAGACGGGACUGAAAAUUAUUUAUAUAUGCAUAUAUAAAUCGGUGAAAACUGAUCUCUAACGUGACGUCACAAUAUCUCUUUAUUGUGAUAUUUUAAAAAAUAAUUAAUUAACUUUUACACGCGCAUUUUGACGUAUAUUUUUGCUUGUGUUUUGUAAUUAAAUUUGUAAAAAAUAGAAAUAUUGGUUUUUCUACGUUGUGUAGUCAAAAAUAUAAGUGUGAAAUUUAUGUAAAAAUAACUACUAGUCAUUCAUCUAGUGUAUUUAUUUUAUAAAUUAUAACCAAUAGAAUUAGUGCUUAAAUAAACAUUAUAAAGAUCAAGUGCUUCUUGGUGUAUCUAAGUUUUUAUAAUAAUCUUCUAUUCAUAAGUGUUUAAAAUUAUCAACUUUACGAGCCAAAGACAACAAGUAACUAAUCUACAUCACGCGAACGCUUCCGUAAAAAGUAAACGCCAAGACUGUCAAAAAGGCGCGAAAGGCUUUUUUUGCGCGCCACAUCGUCAACAAUGAGCAACAAAAUGCAGACUCAAAUUGGGGUGGGGACUGAGCUGCAGAGGAGCUACAGGAUGCAGGACUUCGCCUCCCCCGGCGUCGUGAUGCGGGAGCGCAGCUUCAUCCGCCCGCAGUCGCACCACAAUAUGCAUCAUAACCCGUUUCCGAACAAUGGGAAACGCAGGAGUAUGAUCCUGACCAACGCGAAGGGGAAGCCGACGCUGGAGAUAUACCGUCCACCAGCAGGUGUGCGCACAGACGCAGUGCCGGCGAACAACAACAACAACAGCAACAACAAGCUGAAUGUGCACGCCAAGGAGUUCACCAUGGCCAGCCGCGGCGGAGGGGAGCAGAAUGUUCGCCCCCUCGGCCUGGGCUACGGCGGCGGCGGGCUGCAGCACUCUCGCUCGGCCGUGCUGCACGCGCAGGUGCCGCCGCACUACCGCCCCGUCAUGCCGCCCUCGCUGCUCACCAGCGCCUCCAGCGGCACCGUCAAUAACGGACCGCGCGUCCACUUCAAGAUCAACCCGCAACAAAUACCGGAAAAGAAGAAAUCUCCCCCAUCCUCUCUCUCCAACGGCAACGGGAAGAGUCUUCUCCGUCCUCAAUCCUUCACUCCCGGCGGCCUGAAGCGGUCCAAGUCUCUGACGUCAGCAGACGCGCUGGCUAGUGGCAUGGCUGCCCUGGGGUUGGCGGCUGAUGCGGGCGACCUGGGCACCUUCCCCGCCGAGAUACAGGAGUGCAUUGAUAAGGCGCUUGAGGACCCGAACUCAGUCUGCGCGCGCACGCUCAUGGAUGCAGUCGGGCACCUGGUGUCGCGCGCCGUGGAGUCCCCGCGCUACGCGCUGCCGGCGGCGCGGCGCUGCAUCGCCGUGGUGGAGCGGGAGCAGUCGGAGACCUUCCUCGAGUCGCUGCUGAAUACGUGCCAGCUGUGGUACCAUGAUCGGGAGAAGCUCCUCGGCCAAAUAGUCAGCGGCGGUCGCCCGCGCCUCAUGGCGUUUCUCUCCUUCCUGCUCGAGAUGUACUGCCAGCUACGGCGGCGCGCCAUCCAGCGGCGCGGGGCCAGCGCGCAGCCCGGGCAGGUGUUGCUGACGCUGAUCUGCAAGUGCUGUGAGGAUUGCAUCAGAGCGCCCGUGCCGUCUGCUAGCGAUACGGAAAACCUAUUCUUCGUCCUAACCUACAUCGGGCGCGACCUCGAGUCCCAACUGCCGGGCGAUCUGGAACGCUUGCUCAACGCGGUCCGAGACGCGUUCCUCAACACGGCCGCGUCGGCGCCGUCGAUCCGCCGCACGCUGCUGCAGCUGAUCGAGCUGCACGCCAGCCGCUGGCAGCUGCCGGGGUGUGCCGUGCUGUAUUACUACCCCUCGUCCAAGUAAGGGGAACCAAGUGGUAAGGGGUAUGGGGAAUGUUGGUUGAAGGUGUCUAUUCACCAGUGGCAGGAAAUCGCUGUUAUGCUGAGGUUUCGGUUGAUUGUUGUGUGAAGGUUUCCACUGUCUGUCCCUCUAAGUACCUAAUCUAGGUCUUGUCGUAAGCUGUUGCGAUUUAAUGUGGUGUAAAAUGGUGAGUUUGGUUUUGAAGUGUCCAUGUUGAAUGACGGUUGCAUUCAAAUUUUAGUCUGUGAGGUUGGAAGGGUGGAGUUAAUUUUCCGUUCAGAAUUAAUAUCCAAUCUCUGUUCUUUGAUUUUAUAUAGUUUGAGGUUUAUGAUUAGAAAUGGAGAUUGUUUAUUAACUUCCCGUAUUGAUGUCGUCUUUGUUUAUUUUUACGGAAUUAACUAAAAUUAAUAUUCGCGUUAAGUGGCGCCUUGUGUAAAGUAAAAUGUACUGACCGUAGUUUGAUAGAGUAGUGGUCAAGUAAUGUCUUACAAUGUCUAGGCGUCAUCCUGCCAUAAGCUCUUUUUAUUGUGCCUUUAAAAUUAUUUAUACAAUCUUGCUCUCACUGUUUUUAAACGGCAAUAUUUCCAAAUAUCCGAAAUAUCUGCCACUUGCAGUUUACAUGCAGUGCGAAUAAGAUUUAAGUAAGGGUUUUAAAACAUAGCAUAAGGUUUUUUCUGUAUCAGUAAAAAAUGAAAUGCCUUAAAAGUAUUAAAACGUAAAUUGUAUAAUAAUGUAGCUAGCAUGGAAUGGUGCACUUUAUUAUACGAAAACGCAUAGUAUCUUGUGCAUCUGCUAUGUUCUUUAGUUAUUUGUCUAGGCUAUUUAAGAACUGACAAUAUCAGGGCUAUACCUUAAACCUAUAGACUAUAUUGUCAGUCUAGAAAUCAGGCUUUUAGUUUAGACAUUGUAUUUAACAUAGAUCUAAAUUAUCAUACUAUUCAAUUCCAAUGAUAUUAGGAUAAUACCUAGGUAAUAUCUUAUUCUAAUAUCAUUUGAACCGCUGAGUGCUAUUGCUACCAUUGAGUUAUAAUAAACUAAACUCAAUGAUUGUUACACACAUAAUUAUUAUCGUAUCAACAAUGCUUAACACAUAAAUAAUCUAAGGGCAUACAUUUAGUAUAAUAGCAUUUUGUUAGCAAGACUAAAAUAUUGCCUGUUCAUAUUUCUAAUGAUAAAUUUUAAUACACAUGAAAGUAUGUUUGUAAAAAAUACAAAAAAAGAAGCCUUGACUGAAUUAUGUUGGUUAUAAUUAAGAUAAACCCUUCAAUAUAUACAUGCUUGUGAUAUUAUUGUUGUAUGUUAAAGUAGUAUAUUUUUCCAACUCUUCUAUUUUCUAACCAAAGACUGUGGGUGAAGAUAUUCUUGAAUUUGUAUCAGUAGUCACAUCUGUUAAAAGUAAGACCAAAUUGAUCAUCCUGGAUAUAAGUUCAUGAAUGAUUUUUCGGUGUAAUUGAAACGCAUAGGACGUAGGGGUAGUUACUUAUGUAAAUAAAAUUCAGUGAUUAUAAUUUUAUUAAGUUCACCUAGAUUUAGAUUAAUGUGUGAUGAAUAUUAUAUUUAUAAUUAAACUUGCGUUAUUUGAUGAAAACUCACUUAUAAAAAGACCGCAAUUAUGUUUAAUUUCUGUAUGCAUUCGUAGCAGGUUAAGGUUAAGGUAUGUUUAUAGAAAAACAAGAAAAUUUAAAAAAAGGUGCUAACAAAAUACAUGCAAAGGUGGUCUUUUAUAUUACUUAUAGGGCUGCGGGAAAUAACUUUGUUUUCGUUACCGCUGUAUUAUUUUAUAUGUACUACACAUAAAACCAAUAAAAUUAUAAUUCAAAA